AUGUGGCAAGUGGUCACUUCACACGCUGGAUUAGGAACAUGUAGAUGCAACCCAGGCGGAAAGUCGUGGCCUCGCCUGCAUACUGUCACAGGCCAGUACCACACUAUUGAUGAGCAUCUUCCUAAUUAUGACAAGAACUUUGAGGCAGUCCUGGGAGGAGCAAAAGGCCAGGAAGAUAAGGAGUAUGAAGACCCUGAACUUCAGAUGGUGGGAGAGUGUCAACCAAUCAAGAUUUUACCUGCCAGGCCUAUCAAGGAAUCUGAAUAUGCAGAUACACGCUAUUUCAAGCAUGUGAUGGACCUUCCAGUAGAUACCACGGUCUCUAUGCCCAUAGAGGGGAAACAUUGGAAAACACCAGGAAGACUGGCAGAAAUAAAUAAAGUGAGUGAAAAACACAUAAAAGGAAUCAAAACUCCUUUACCACCUCCUCGGCCUCUCAUCACUCUUCCUAAGAAGUACCAGCCCUUGCCCCCUGAGCCCGAGAACAGCAAACCUUUCCCUCUGAGACAUACCUUUCCUGAAACCCGGAGAGGACCCAGGCAGAUAAGCUUUAAGGACUUAAGUGAGGUCCUUGGAACAGAGAAAGUUUCUCAUCUUCACAUGAAACCGGAACCAUCUCCUAUGCCACAAACCCAAAAUACUCAAGAGACUCCUCUCCCUGUUUCCAGAGACGUUGCCGUGGCUGUUCAUGGUGGCAUUGACCCCAGUGGUGAGGGACUGUACUAUGCUGAAUUUUUACCAUUCUUGGCCAAACCAUCAGACACCAACACUACCAACAAACAGUCUGGGAAGAAGUUUGGUAGCUUUCAUAAAGGAAGCCUGCAGUCUUAUUCUCUUCAACCAUGUCAGUCUCCAGUCAGCCAUGUUUCUCGUGAGAAUAAGCUAACCUAUAAAAACAUGAACUGGAAAAACCUUGGCUGCCCCACACGGCUGGAUGAAAAGGAUGUUCAACACCAUGACUGGUACAUUGGAGAACACAGUCGUCAGGAAGUAGAAGAGGCACUAAUGAGAGAGAACAAGGAUGGUACCUUUCUGGUCCGGGACUGUUCCUCAAAAUCCAGCACUGAGCCCUACGUCCUGGUGGUGUUUCAUGGAAGCAAAGUCUACAAUGUGAAAAUUCGCUUCCUGGAGGGGAAUCAGCAAUUCGCACUGGGAACAGGACUGAGAGGAAAUGAGAAGUUUGAUUCAGUGGAAGACAUCAUUGAACACUACAAGUAUUUUCCUAUCACACUGAUCGAUGGCAAAGACAGAACAGGCAUCCACAGAGAGCAAUGCUUCCUGACCCAGCCUCUGUCCUUCUUCCCGCAGUAG